AUGUUCCGCCCGCUAGUUUAUCUCCUAUUAGUUCUGCAAGCGGGGAGGAUCAUAGCUGAAGUCCCCGCAUCCUGCAGAAAGAACCAUGAUGGUUUCUCAGUCACAGAAGACACAUAUAUCAACAAAAUUGUCGCUUUCCAAGUCGCAUCUGCUCCCUCCUCCCUUAAUAUAACAGAACACUACCUCACCCUCGACAAUCCCACCGGAUAUCUAAACAUCCGCAAUGUCACAGUCCAUCCCUCUAUCUUUUAUGCUGUCGGUUUUAUACCCAUCUACCAACCUGCCUCGCAAUCUCCCAAAAGCGGCGCAUGGAGCUGCGCUUGGCACAAGUUCAUUGAAGAACAUACAGUCUACAACUACACCUUGGGCGGAAGUGAUACUGACUUAGAAUUAAGUAAGCUGAAUUGGGAUCCGUCCCCGCUGUUGUUCACGAGUUAUAAGGCACUCAAGACUGAUUUCAGGGAGAGUUGGACGAGUGUGUCGUUUGGGUGGAUUGUGACAAAAAAUGUGGAGGGUGAUACGCGGGUCAUGGGGAGUAUGGCGCGAGGCACAUUUUUGGCGUAUCGGGGGGAUAAUGGGAAGAUUUUGGUUGGGCAUGCUGAUAUGGCGAAGCUGGAUGAUGGUGAGUCUCUCGGUUUCCUUGAGCUUGUUUCGGGAUAA